AGAAUUUUUAAUUUCAUUUAAAAUUUAAGUUGACAGAAAAAGCGCAGGCUCGUCGACGCCGUAAUAAAUGAGCAGCAGUCAGUGUGCUAUAACCGUGUUAUUUUGUGGUAAAAGCCAUAUUUUCCGCGGUAUGAUAAUUUGUCCUUUUGCCACUUUAUUUCUACGCACUGAAGGAGUUAUCAAAGGAAAAAGCCUUUUAAUACCCAUAAAAUGAGACUCACUAAGACUGUGUGGCGGCUCUUCCCCGAGACAUCUGGAGUAAAAGAGAACCAAAGAUGAAUACCAUUGUGUUUAACAAGCUGAGCAGCCAGGUCCUGUUCGAAGAGCAGGCGAAAGAGGUCGAGAGGAGCAGCCGAAAUUAUUUAGAAGUUAUAGAUGGACAACAUCCAGACAUACUGUCAAACAGCCAGGCUAUGAAAGACCACUCCGGAGUCAGGCACAGGAGGUCGGGGUGUCGCCCCAGUGGGGGGAAGGUGCGCCACAAGCGGCAGGCCCUGCAGGACAUGGCAAGGCCCCUGAAGCAGUGGCUUUACAAGCACAGGGACAACCCGUACCCUACGAAGACCGAGAAGAUCCUGCUGGCUCUGGGCUCCCAGAUGACGCUGGUCCAGGUAUCAAACUGGUUCGCCAACGCCAGGCGGAGGCUGAAAAACACAGUGAGGCAGCCGGACCUGAGCUGGGCUUUGAGGAUCAAGCUGUACAACAAGUAUGUCCAGGGCAACGCGGAGAGGCUCAGCGUGAGCAGCGACGACACUUGCUCAGAAGAUGGUGAGAAUACCACGCGGACCCAGACGGGCACAGGCGAGUUCAGCAAGCCCAUGUACCAGAGCGUCAUCAAGAAAGAGAGUGUGGUUGUCGGGGCAGGGCUGAGGGCUGAAGCCUCGCUCGGCGAGGAUUACGUCUCACCACCCAAAUACAAGAGCAGCUUGUUGCAUCGGUACCUCAACGACUCCCUGCGUCACGUCAUGGUCUCCAACACCGUCAUGGACUCGCGUAAGAGGAACCAUUCUGGAUCUUUUAGCUCCAAUGAGUAUGACGAUGAACUCCUCUCGCCGUUGUCUUCAGAAGCAGAAGCAAACUUUGUUUGUCGAACUGAGACUGUGGAACAUGGAUCAGCUAAAUGUGAAAAUGCAGUGAAAGAAAAGCAACGGGGCAAAGACGAGACGUACUGGAAAGAAAUCAAUGCAGCCAUGGCCUUGACAAACCUCGCACAGGCAAAGGACAGUGCAUCAGGGACAACCAGCUGCAUCAUCCAGAAAUCCUCCCAUAUAUCAGAAAUAAAGACUGUCAAAGUGCCAGUGCUCCAGAAGUAUUAACUCUCCUCUAUGCAACAUUCCUAUGAAAUAUUUUGUAGACUCUAAACUCAGUCCAAACUGAAUAGUUUUUUAAGCGUAAUUGAGAGACAAUCUUUUGCGUUGUGUUUGCUGUUUAUCAUUUCAUUCUAUUUACUUGCACAGACAUUAAACAAGUGUUGAUAACUGUAGCAUUAGUAAUUACGGUGAUCUUAACGAGACACUUUCGUAAUGUUAACUUAUUUGAUAAAUCUUUCCUUUUGUACUCCUACAUUUCUGUACUGCAUUUCCACAAGUGCCUUUUUACAGAAGAAAGUAUGCCCACAAUUAAUGUACAUAAUGCUCUGAUACGAGAAGUGCUAUUUCAAACGUUUCAUUUUCUAAAUUGACUUUGUAGAUUUAAUUUUUUUAUUUAAGGCUUAUUCAUAGAUUUUUAUUUUUUAUUUUUUCUAUUUUUUUCAUCCCUUUUAUUGAGUUUUUAAGUGAGGCCCAGACUAUUGUUUGGGCUGAUUAUCACCUUGAAUACCCUCCACUGCCUCAGUUUACCAUAACACAUAGUAAAGACACACAGACCCACAUGCUGCCGUGCCGAGCGGAGUCUCGGCGGUGGCACUGCUUGUUGUUUUGUCUGCAUCCAAUUCAUUAUGACUGUAAAUGAGAAACUGUUGUGUCUCGGUUUGGAGGAACGAUGACCUGCCAUCAGUAACUGUGAAAACGUAGAUAAGUCAGCUGAGAGUCCGAAUGGUCAGAGGUUAAACAAUUCAAAAAAAGGCACUACUUUACUGUACUGUUGUUAGCAAUUACUGACUUCCUUGAUCCUUGUUAUAUAAUAUUGAUGGGAAAAAUGUUUUAGAAAGGAACAAAUACAAAUAGAUUUUGGUGCUGCUGUUUUUUCAUGUUUUUCAAACAAGUGCAACGGAACCAACAGUGGGUCACGACCUAAAAGGAUGUUUUUUUGUAUUGCCAGUGUUGUUUUUUUAAUGCUGUUUUGUGUAUGUUUCUAUUCCAAACAAGGUGCUCUCAGAACACAGCAGUCCCCCAGCCUGUUAAAUCGGCUUUCCUGACUCAGCUGGUUAAAAUUAAGUUCAAACUGCUGUUUACAAGAAGCUGGAGAUAGACAUGUUUGAAUUUUUUUUUAAUUGUGUCUUUCAGUAUUAUCGCUCUAUAAACCAGCAAUGGUUCUUAUUUUGUUAUUGACAGUGUUUCUUGUGGAGUACCCAGUUAUAUUGAUUUUUUUUUUUACUUUGUGCCACACCACAUUAGCUAUGGUGUUCUUUCUUUACAGUGGGGAGCAUCUCUUUCCAAACAGUUGUAUAUAUUAUACUCACAGGUUCAACAAAUGCCAAAUAUCCAGCUGAGGGAAACAUAAGACUGUAUGAACAACAAGUAGUUGUUGGCGACUCACAAAUUUUAUGUAUUUUUUGAGAGUAUUAUUCAAAUAUACGUUUCUUUACUCUUUUUGGCCUUUAUUUGACAGGCUACGCCACGCUUGCAGUCAAGCAGCCCAGAAUUAGAUUUAGAGAAGCUGCACGGUUAUUAUUAGGCAUAGUCUUAUUGUAAAUCUGCAAACAAGUACAUGCUGAACUUAAUGCCAUUUCAAGACUCGCAGAAGAACGUUUUUCUAAAUUAACAUGUCCAUUAAAGCAAAAGGAAAGGAAUCACUGUGGUCCAUCCUAAGGCUCUGUUUGCUUAUGCAGUGCUAAGUUCCACAUGUGGUUUUUAUACACCUGAUCCGCUAUGGAUUGCUGAAGGAUUUCGGGCGAAAGUGGCGUAUGGACCUAAUAUCUUUGAUUCAUACAGAAACAGACUUAAUGUCUCACACGAAAUGUGGCCAUGAGAUAGACAUCAAAGCACAAAGGGAGAAUUGUUCUGCAAAGCCUCUA